AUGGCAGCCCAGGGCUGUCUGUCAUCCUCCCUCCUCCUCUUGCUCCUCCUUGCAUGCCCGUUUCAAGAAAGAGAUCAAUCAAGACGAAGCUGGGGGACAUCAAACUGCACAGCACAGCAUUGCACUUACCCCCUUUUCCCACGCAUUUCAUCGCAUCGCACACAACAGCAGCUGGCGAAUACAUCCCUUCUUUCAGCGUCCUCUCCUCUCCUCUCCUCUCCUCUCUUCUCACGAUCAUCGGGACCAACACAGCGGAGUAAAGAGAGGAAGCGAGGAGAUGCUGGAUCGAGCCCAACCCCAACCGCAACCCCAACCGCAACCCCAACCCCAGAGAUUGGAUUCGGGCUGGUCACGGGCCACUCCCAGCGCCAGCCGUCCCGUCCGCCAAGCAAGCGUGCACACUAA